AUGACACAAAACAAUGAUCUUCUUUCUUCCGAGUUAAACAAGUGGACUAAAAGCAUGCUUGUUGACUAUAUAGUGGCGCAGACUCUGCCCGCUGGUGUGAAGCUAAGUGACGACUUGUCUAAGUUUUUAAAAAAUUCUUCUUCUGAUCCUGUAUCGCCUUCGCAUGGAAACUCAAUUGUGGAGCUCAAAUCCGUGGCUCUAAGUAACACUAAGCUACAUGAUAAGCUCAACCACCUCAAUGCGGCACCUAAUGCCCAAACUCCCAAAUCAAAUGCUCAGCUCUUUAAACUGCCAGUUGAUGUACACCCGAACUCGGUUACGGGUAUUCGUUCUACUCAACCCGCAAACCAAUUGACUGCCAGUCAAUCUUCGUCUUUAAAAUCAAAAUUCAUUGUUGGUUCUGUAAAGAACUCAUCUUUCAAGCUGUCAUCAGUGCCUGUGGGUAAGCAUGUUGAUAUUUUUGUCUCGAGGCUUGAUCCAAGUGUUACAACUGCCCUGCUAGAAUCUGAAUUGUUCAAUGGUUACUCAGACGUGACCAUCAGCAAAAUGGUUUAA